AUCGAUUGUUUUCUCUCUCGCCGGCGCGUCAUUGUCAUACGUCGUCCGAGUCUGAUUGUUAUGUUUAGGUUUUAACUAUGGAAGCUCGUCGUGGAGUCUAAUUCAUUAUUGAGUUCGAGGAUUGGUGGUCUUUUGUACUCUGCUUAAAGAGUUGUAUCAUUUCAACAUCUGGUCUUACCUGUCCUAAAGGUGGGAAGAAACUAUCUUGUGCAGCCAUCUUCGACUGUUUGUCGCUAAGGCUGUGAUUUUUUUGUCUGACUUGAUCUCCACACUCAUGUCACGUAAGCUUGACAGUCCUGUUCAGACACAAAUGGCAGUGGCAUUAGUGAAGAGCCCCCUGAAUGGGGAAUUUCGUGAAUUUAACAAGGUAGGAAUGAAGUCACCUGUGGGUCGUAGGAGGGUUUUUGUUCAAACGGAGACUGGUUGUGUACUGGGGUUGGAGUUGGAUCGUAGUGAUAACGCGCACACUGUGAAAAGGAAGUUGCAGGUUGCUCUUAAUUUCCCCAUUGAGGAAAGCUCGUUGACCUUUGGGGAUUUGGUGCUUAAAAAUGAUCUUACAGCUGUUAGAAGUGAUGCUCCUCUUCUUCUAACUCGGAACAACUUUCAUAGGAGUUCAUCGACUCCAUGUCUUUCCCCAAUGAGGGCUGACCUUCAGCAGCGUAGAGAUGAGAGCAGUCCUAUAGAAAUUCUUGGGAACUCUGUUUCUUUCUCUUUUGUGAGGCAAAUGGCGAAGGAUAUUACAAAAGCAGUGAAGAAGGGCAUUGAUCCAGUUGCUGUUCAUAGUGGGCUUGGAGGGGCCUAUUACUUUAAGAACAGCCGCGGUGAGAGUGUUGCAAUUGUUAAACCAACUGAUGAGGAGCCUUUUGCUCCUAAUAACCCGAAAGGUUUUGUUGGUAAGGCUCUUGGACAACCUGGGUUGAAGCGUUCUGUGCGGGUUGGGGAAACAGGCUACAGAGAAGUUGCGGCUUAUCUUCUCGACAAGGAGCAUUUUGCAAAUGUUCCUCCCACUGCUCUUGUGAAGAUCACUCACUCUAUCUUUAAUGUCAAUGAUGGAGUGAAGGCAAGCAAGCCUAUGGAGAAGAUGUUGGUGAGCAAGAUUGCUUCCUUGCAGCAGUUCAUACCUCAUGAUUAUGAUGCUAGCGAGCACGGAACAUCCAAUUUCCCUGUUUCAGCUGUACACCGUAUAGGGAUUCUUGACAUCAGAAUCUUAAAUACAGACAGGCACUCAGGGAACCUUUUGGUUAGGAAACUGGAUGGUGAUGGAAUGUUUGGCCAGGUGGAGCUAGUUCCGAUCGACCAUGGUCUUUGCUUGCCUGAAACUCUAGAGGACCCUUACUUUGAGUGGAUUCAUUGGCCACAGGCAUCGAUCCCAUUCUCUGAAGAUGAGCUGAAGUACAUAGCGAAUCUGGAUCCUUUUGGAGAUUCUGAGAUGCUGCGGAGGGAACUUCCAAUGGUACGAGAGGCCAGUCUCCGUGUUCUAGUUCUCUGCACAAUUUUUCUCAAGGAAGCUGCUGCUAAUGGCCUAUGUUUGGCUGAAAUUGGUGAGAUGAUGACUAGAGAGGUUCGUCCUGGAGACGAGGAGCCGAGUGAGAUUGAAGUGGUUUGUCUUGAGGCUAUGAGUUUGAUAGGAGAGAAGGACGCUGAGUCCCCAAGAUCAGACUUGGGAAGUGAUGUUGAAUUCCAGUUCGAUAUAGAUUGUGAGGAAGCAACUGAUUGUACAAAAAAACUAGCAUUCCCACUCGGACUCACUUUUGGAAAUGCUCGUAGUCAGUUGUCAAAGGUGGAAGAAACAAUAGAGGAGACAGAAGAAGAAGAAGAAGACAAAGAGGAGGAAGAGAAUGACAGAGCUGAUCUAGAGAAAAUGCCGACAAUUACCAAGCUUUCAAUGUCUCUCAAAAGCACUCUUCUUGGUGAGAAGAGCCAGAAGUAUCAGAAACACCCAGGAGCAAGAGUGGAGAGCGCAUAUGCAUCAUCUGCGCACAGGAGUGCAGACGAACAGAUCCCAUCAAGCACAAGCUUUGUGAAGCUGUCCGAUAUGAGUGAAGAGGAGUGGACGAUUUUCCUGGAGAAAUAUCAAGAGCUGCUUUAUCCGGCAAUUGAAAAGCGCAAGUCCAUAACUUUAGGACAGAAGCAGAGGCAGAGGCUGGGGACUUCUUGUCAGUUUUGAGAAGACUGAAGAAGAAGAAGAAGAAGAAGAAGAAGAAGAAUAAAAGGACUGUGUAAAGUCGUGUUUCUAAGGGCUUUGCUUAGACUGGAAUGGUGGAAACACGUAAAGGCGAAGAUAUGAGUGGGAUGGAUUUAGUGUAAAUAUUCGUUGGUUACUUUCAGCUUUUAGUGUGGAGGAGACUCGAGAGAUGAAGAGAAAUUAGUCAGUUGUUUCUGUUGUCAUUUUGUUUUAACUUCUUAAACUCUUUUGUUAUAUAAAUAACUUGUAGAUGU